CUGUCCUGCUCUUGCUCAGUGACCACUGCCCGGCGCCCAUCUCCCCUCUUCCCCCUCCCCGAAGGAUAUCAGUCAUCAUGGAAGUGGAGCUUAUCGAGGAGAGCGGUAGCCUCCGGACGGUCAAGGACUUGGCCGCAGGUGCUGCGGGCGGCAUUGCACAGGUUCUUCUGGGUCAACCGUUUGAUAUCGUCAAGGUCCGGUUACAAACGAGCUCCCAGUACUCGAGCGCGCUGGACUGCGCGGGCAAGAUCCUCAAGAAUGAGGGACCCAUGGCCUUUUACAAGGGGACGCUGACGCCAUUGAUCGGGAUUGGAGCUUGUGUUAGCGUGCAGUUUGGAGCGUUCCACGAGGCGCGGCGACGCCUCGAAGAGCUCAACCAGAAGAAAUACGCCGACCCGACGCUCUCGUACGGGCAGUAUUUCCUGGCUGGUAGCGUUGCGGGCGUGGUGAACUCGGUGCUAUCCGGCCCGAUCGAACACGUCCGUAUCCGGUUGCAGACGCAGCCGCACGGCGCAGACCGGCUGUACAGCGGCCCGCUGGACUGUAUCCGCAAGCUGUCGGCGCAGGGCGGCGUGUCGCAUGGCCUGUACCGUGGACAGGUGGUGACCGUGCUGCGCGAAGCGCAAGCGUACGGGAUGUGGUUCCUGACCUUCGAGUACCUGAUGAACCUGGACGCGAAGCGCAACAAUGUCAAGCGCGAGGAGAUCUCCAGCAUCAAGGUCGCCACCUACGGCGGGCUGGCGGGCGAAGCUCUCUGGCUGGCCAGUUAUCCCCUUGACGUAGUCAAGAGUAAGAUGCAGACCGACGGAUUUGGCGCCCAGCAGCAAUUCAGAAACAUGCGGGACUGUUUCCGCAAGACCUAUGCUAUGGAGGGUCUCGGUGGAUUCUGGAAGGGCAUUGGGCCGACCAUGCUGCGAGCCAUGCCUGUUUCUGCGGGCACAUUUGCCGUGUACGUUUUCUUCCUUUUUUUUUCUUACUGGGCUUGUUUAAUGAUGAUGCUAAUGUUAUUGACUAGGGUCGAACUAGCAAUGAGAGCGUUGGCUUGAUUAACAUAGAUGAAUGGAGAGUUUAUAAAUACAUAUAUGUCAUUUGCAUCCCGGGUCAUAUAAUACGACUUCACCUGCCAAAGAGCUUUCUAGUCAAAUCGUAAGGAAAAUUCGCCAAAGAAAUCCUGCCACCCCGUCGGGAAGUAGAAGAGAUUCAGCCCCGGGAAAUCCCACUCGGAGACAAACUGCUCCGGAACGAAAGACUGCAGAUCUGCCUGCGCAUCGAACAGGUCCCAGAAGGGCGCGGUCGUUGGGCCGGUAGGAUCCGGGGGUGCGUCGCGCAGGGCGCGGCCGUACUUUUCUAUACUCACCCGCAAGAUCUGGAGAUACAUGUUCUCACCACCAGCGCUUGUAGUACCGUUACUGGUACUGGUGCUGGGGGUAUUGCCCACCCUGGUCAGUUCAUCUACGAGCCUGUUCCCCUCCGCGAGAAGCUGGUCGUUCUCGUCCUCCCCCUCC